ACAAGAAUGCGCCUCCCCUCUCCGGCGGAAAAACCUCAGCCUCGCUUCCCUCCUCCGCCGCCGCGCCGCGCCGCCGCCACCAACCACCACCUCGCCCUCCUCGCGCUCAAAUCCCCCCAACGAAUCGAACGCGCUCCACCCGCAUCGGGAUUUGUGGUUUGCUUGUCGACGACGAACCGCAAUCAGCGGCGCGUACGUGGUGGGUGGGUGGGCGGCGAGCAUGAGCAUGGCCUUCUCGUGCGCGCUGCAGGGGCGCGUCGGCGUGGGGAAAUGCCGGGGUGGUGGUGGCGGAGCCGCGGUGGUGAGGCGGAGGAGCGGCGGCUGCCUCUACCCGGGCGCGCGGAGGGGGCUACUAGGGGUUAGGGGGAUCCGCGCCGAGCUGCCGCCGCGGGCCUGCGCGGAUGGCGGCGUGGGCACCACCACCUCCGGCGCGACCGUCGCCGUGCCUGAGGCGGGGGAGGUGGCUGAUUACGCGAAGGAGGUCGAGGUGGUUGCUCCCCACGAGGAGCGUGGUGAGGUGGCGGAUGUUGACGGCUCGGGUGGGAAUGGGAAGGUCCCUUCUGGCGGCGGCGGCGGCGGAGACGGGGAUAAUGGGGGUGGUGGUGGUGGCGGCGGGGACGGCGGAGAUGAAGGGGAUGAUGAGUUUGGGCCGAUCCUGAGCUUUGAUCAGGUGGUCCACGAGGUGGAAAAGAGAGGGCUCAGCCUGCCGAGCUUGCCCACCGAUAUGAUUGAGGCCGCUAAGAGCGUUGGGAUUCAGAAGCUCUUGCUGCUGAGAUACUUGGACAUGCAGGCGUCGGCUUGGCCGUUGGGUCCUGCCAUUAGGUCCUGCUCACUUCUUCGGAACAGGAUGCUGGUUGACCCUUCAUUUCUCUUCAAAAUUGGGACCGAGAUAGUCAUUGAUACAUGUUGUGCGACAUUUGCGGAGGUCCAAAAGAGAGGAGAGGAGUUUUGGUCAGAGUUCGAGUUGUAUGCAGCGGAUAUGUUGGUAGGUGUAGUUGUUAAUGUAGCUUUAGUUGGGAUGUUGGCACCCUACGCUCGAUUCAGUGGGGGAUCUGCAUCCCAAGGUUUUCUUGGGCGUGUUAAGCAUGCUUAUGAUUCUCUCCCAAGCAGUGUCUUUGAAGCUGAAAGACCAGGAUAUAGUUUUUCCAUUCAACAACGGAUAGGAACUUACUUUUUCAAGGGGAUUUUAUAUGGUACAGUUGGAUUCUUUUGUGGUCUUGUGGGUCAAGGAAUUGCGAACUUGAUAAUGACUGCCAAAAGGAGUGUAAAGAAGUCAGAGGAUGAUGUACCUGUUCCACCUCUGCUCAAAACUUCCGCUUUGUGGGGUGCAUUCCUUGGUGUAUCUUCCAACACCCGCUAUCAGAUUAUUAAUGGGCUUGAGCGCGUGGUUGAGGCUUCACCCGUUGCCAAGCGUGUCCCAGCUGUUUCUCUGGCAUUCACUGUUGGUGUGCGCUUUGCAAACAACAUUUAUGGAGGAAUGCAGUUUGUGGAUUGGGCUAGAAUGACUGGUUGUCAAUGAGGUAUAGGUGUUCAUAUUGUCAUGUAACCAUUCACAGUGGAUGCUACAACGACUGUGGUGCUGUCUGUCAUAUACCUCCCAAAAUUCGUCGAAUUUGCUCCAUCUCUAUUUAUAAAGAUGUGAUGCUAUUAUUAAUAAUUGCAUUGCUGCAGAACUCCAAAAUAAAUGAUAUCGAAUGUUCUGUUUGGGAUGCAACAGGAUUCAUUGUAAAAUCAGUAAGGUUCAGCAUGCUCAUAAUGCUCAGUCAUGCAUAUGUGAGAAUCCGUAGCUCCAACAGCUGGAAGAUUGAAACAUUUAUUGAAUUGAUUAUUUUUCGUGCCGAAUAAAUUAUAUCUUGGUUUGGCUAAUCGAGGCCUUUGUCAUGUGCUGGUUUGAAAUUGCU